AGAAAGUAAUAUGUAGGGACUAGGGUAAUAAAAACCACAAAUAUAACUGAUGUCGCGAAAAAUUGUAAGAGCAUUCUCGGAUCAAAAAGCAUUUUAACUUUCAGUAAAGGUGAUAGGUGGUUGAAGUGUAUAAAAAUAAUAGUUUUUAUCUAGGAAAUUUGUGUGUUAAUAUAUAUUAACUGAUCAUCAUAAAAGGCACGCAAGUUCGCCAACAACAUUUGUAUAGAGCGGUCCAAGCUCAAACAUAUUAAAAUAAUGAAUCCUAACGAUAGACCGAAUCCUGAAUCAUUUGCGCAAUAUCUGCAGUCCAUGGUUAAACUGGAUUCUUUGGAAAAAAUGACAGCUGAUUUAGACAGGGAAUUAGCGGAUUCACAAAACAUAAUGAGAGAAAUCAAAACACUUUUCGAUAGCAUUCCAAACACUCAGCAUCAGUAUCAAUUUAAAAGGUCGCAGCACGAAGAACUUGCUAGAUUUGUUGAAGCUGGUGCUCCCAAACUACUUAUGCCAGAUAUGGUACAAACAAACAUAGUGGACAUUGAUAAUAUUGUAGCUUCUAUGAAAACCUAUGCUGAAGAACUCAGAAAAAGUUUAAAUGAAAAAGAAUGCCAUACUAAUUUCAAAUCAGUAACCAUAGAAAAAUUGGACUUAACUCCGUAUGCUGUUAGUCUUGAUAAAUUGAGCAAGAGUCUUGCUAAUGUGAAAAUUUCCACUGAUGCAAGUGGAAGAAGCGCAGAAUUGGAAGGAAAACUAAGUCAACUGUGCGAGGAUGUCACUUUGUUUACACAGAUGGUAAAGGUAAAUGGCAGAUUAGGAGAAAUCAUUCAAAAUUGUACCAAUCCAUCCAACAAUCCCGUGGCUCCAUAUGACAACCUUAUUAAUAAAUUACUCGCCGACAUAAAUGAAGUUACAUACUUGCUAAAAAAUAACUAGAUAUAUGUCACCUCGUUUAAUUCUUAUUUUUAUCUGAACAAGGCAUCUAGUGAUAUAUUAUAGGAUAAUUUUGUUGGGAGUUUGUCUGUUUUUAGUAUUGUCAAUGUACAUAUUUUGUUCAUUAAUCUGUGGAGUAGAUGGUUUCAUUACCUUAAUUGUGUGAGAAUUUUUUUUUGCCAACUGUUAUGAAUGAUUGUAGAAGACUAGUGUUUAAUAAAUUAUAAAUUAAUUAUUUCUAUUUACUGCAAUAUAAAUUUUUAAUUUCCAUUUUCAUUACUGCCAAAUGAAUGAUAAUCUAGAUUAAUUCAAUUCUAAAUAUAUGAAUAAUUAUUUAUAAGAUAUACCAUCUAAUUAAGCUUCCGCUGAAAUGUCUUUCAUGUACUCAUGUACCUUCAUUUUUUUUGUACCAUUUUAUGUAACUGUAUCAUAAAACCUGAAAAUCUGUAUCCAAGAUAAAAUGUACUAUACUGAAACAAUCAAGGUUUUUGGUAAUUUUAAAGCUAGCUCUUGGCAACUGUAUUGUACUUUCUGUAGAGCUUAAGUCAAAUUUAUUUCUGCCUGCUAGUAAUAGUCAAAUUGUAAUCUCAUUGUAAUAAAAGUAUUAAAAGUA